AUGGAGCUGCUGGCGUGGCUCUGCGGGCUGUGGGCGCUGCUCCUCUGCGCUGCCAGCUGUGGGAACACCGCGCCCAUGGAAACUCAACCACCUGUGACAAAUUUGAAUGUUUCUGUUGAAAACCUCUGUAUAGUAAUAUGAACAUGGAAUCCUCCAGAGAGAGCCAGCCUGAACUGUAGUCUAUGGUAUUUUAGUCAUUUUGGCAACAAGCAGGAUAAGCAAAUUGCUCCAGAAACUCAUCGUUCAAAAGAAGUGCCCCUGAACAAGAAGAUUUGUCUGCAAGCAGGGUCUCAGUAUAGCGCCAAUGAAAGUGACAAUCCUAGCACUUUGGUGGAAAAGUGCAUCUCACCCCCUGAAGGUGAUCCUGAGUCAGCAGUGACUGAGCUACAAUGUGUUUGGCACAACCUGAGCUACAUGAAGUGUACUUGGCUCCCUGAAAGGAACACAAGUCCUGACACUAACUAUACUCUCUACUACUGGCACAGCAGCUUGGGAAAAAUUCUUCAAUGUGAAAACAUCUACAGAGAAGGUCAACACAGUACUUGUUAUUUUACCCUGACUAAACUCAAGGAUUCCAGUUUUGACCAAUACAGUGUUCAAGUCAUGGUCAAGGAUGAUGCAGGGAAAAUUAGACCAUCCUUCAAUAUAGUGCCUUUAACUUCUCAUGUGUAACCUGAUCCUCCACAUAUUAAAAAUAUCUCCUUCCAAAAUGGUGUGUUAUAUGUGCUAGGAAAGAAUCCACAGAAUUUUGGUAGAACUUGCUUAUCUUAUCAAGUGGAAGUCAAUAACAGGCAAACUGAAGCACAUUUUAUUUUCUUAGAUGAAAAACUCAUGUGUGAUAAUUCAGAAAUUGAGGGGAACCUGGAGGGUACAAUUUGUUUCUGGGUUCCUGGUGUUCCUCCCGAUACUGUGAACACAGUCAGAAUGAGAGUCAAAACAAAUACGUUUUGCUAUGAGGAUAACCAACUCUGGAGUAAUUGGAGUCCAGCUAUGACUAUAGGUAAGAAGACUGAUGCCACACUCUACACAACCAUGUUACUCAUCAUUCCAAUCAUAGUUGCAGGUGCAAUCAUAGUACUCCUGCUUUAUUUAAAAAGGCUCUAGAUCAUUAUAUUCCCUCCAAUUCCUGAUCCUGGCAAGAUUUUUAAAGAAAUGUUUGGAGACCAGAAUGAUGACACCCUGCACUGGAAGUAUGACAUCUAUGAGAAGCAAACCAAAGAAGAAACUGACUCUGUAGUGCUGAUAGAAAACCUGAAGAGAACCUCUCAGUGA